AUGGUGGAGAAAGGGCUGGGCAACCUCAAGUCUGCCAUCAAGCUGUUCGCGUCGUCCAUUCUGCUUUCUCCCCCGGAAAGUUUCGUAUGGUACGAAAUGGGGAGGGUCUUCGCAGGAAGCGGUGACCAGCAUAUGGCUAUGCGAUGCCUAAUGACCGCGGCAAGGUUGCAUAGAAGCACCGAGAUCGUGGAGAGCCUGGUGGCGCUGAAGACGAGGCCCGAGUCGUUCCCAACGAUAACUCCGACUAUCGAUUUGAGUGUGGGAGAAGGAGGAGGAGGAGGAGGAGGAGGAGGAGGAGGAGGAAGCGAGGCUCAGCAGCACCAGACCAAGUACAAGCGGAAGCUCUACGACAAGUACUUCCGGCUCGACUGCUCCAUGAAGCGCUACAUGCAGCAGCUCAACCACACACCGCACGAUGUUGACAUGCUGGUGGCAGCGGCGGAGGUGAGUAUCGAGCUCCUCUACCACCGUCAGGCUGUUCGCAUGCUCCAGCAUGCCAUGGAGCUGAAGCCUCAGGAUGGUACUGUCUUCACCAAGCUAGUCAAGGGAUGCGUCUUUGAUAACUGGGAAAGGAACUUCCAACAGCUAGAAGCAUUGAUCCUACAACAGCUUGGACAAGAGUCACACCUGCAAGCCAGGGCGAUGAUGCCGCAGGGGUUCCAGCACGUCUCGUUUCCCAGCAGGAACCCAGCAGGAUCCCUGCGGGUGGGAUACAUCACCUCGCACUUCACCAGCUCCUCUAUCGGACGAGAGAUGCUGUUCCUGAUCGGCGCGCACAGGAGGCAGCAAGUAGUUCCUCUCUGCUAUGCUCUCAACGCAGACGAGGGCUCCUGGCUCCAGCACACGUGGAGGGAAGCGAUCGCGAGCACCUGCUCCUCCUUCAUCUUCGUCGGGCACAUGACCGAGCAGCAGGCAGCGCAGACGAUCAACGAGCAGGAAGUUCACGUCCUCGUCGACCUCAACGGCUGGUCGGGGGGCCAUCGGGUCCUCCUAGUCUCCAUGCAGCCUGCCCCUGUCCAGGUUAACUACAAGAACUGGGUCGCCAGCUCCGGGAUCCCUUCCCUCCACUUCAUCGUCGGGGAUGCGGUUGUGACACCCCCAGAGUUUCAUCGAGACUUCACGGAGAGUCUCGUUCUCUUCCCCAACUGCUACUUCAUCUCCGGUCACCGCUACCAGUACCACCUCACCAGCUCCGCCCAACUCGCGUCCUACGUCAACGCCAGCAGGCAGGCCAGGAGGGAGGCGAGGAAGAGCAUCGGGCUACCCGCUGACUCGUUCCUCCUCGCCAACUUCAACAACCUGGAGAAGCUGGAGCCGAGGCUAUGGCGGCUCUUCCUCCUCCUUCUGCGCCGGCAUCGAGGAGCGCAUCUUUGGCUGCAGCAGUACCCCCCAGCUAAGGCGAACCGUAUCCGUCAGAUGUUCAAGGAGGAGGAGGGGAUGGAGGAGGCGCGGCUGGUGACGACCAAGUUCUUCAAGUCUGACGAUCACAUCGGCUUCAAGGCCCUUGCUGACAUUUUCGUCGACUCUCCUUCCUACAAUGCUCAUAGCACAGCCAUGGACACUCUGUGGGGAGCGCUCCCUCUCGCCACGCUGCCAGAGGAGAAGAUGGCCGCAAGAGUGGGAGCGAGUCUGCUCCUUGCAAUCAACUGCUCCUCUACCAUCGCCAGGUCGAUGGAGGACCUGCAGGAGCUGCUGGAGCAGAUGAUUCAGAAGGGGAAUCUCAAGAAGAUCAGGAAGAAGCUGGAGGAAGAAAGAUUUACUUCUCCUCUCUUUGACACGGUCCGAGCUGUCCGCAACCUCGAGAGGACUUAUCGCCUCAUGUGGGAAGUUCGAGCUGAGGGGAAGAGGAGGAAGGAGAAUCGCCUGCCGCAGCUGGUGGUGAAGGAGAAUUGGGUCGAGGAGGAAGACCCGGAUUUGGAGGCGAAGCUGCGGAGGAUGCGGGUCGACACGUCACGAGCUGAAGCUCUUUAA